CCAUCAAUCAUCCCAAGGUCAAGAAUCCCCCUUGAAUCUUCCUAUCUUCCUCUGUUUCUCUCUUCUCCAUCCAUCCAUCCAACCAUGAAAUGAAAUGAAAUGAUACACAUUCUCAUUUGUUUCUCCCUUUCUUAAGUUGCUGGAAGCUUUGUCUGCCUUCCUGCCUGCCUGAUACAUGCAUGUUUCUAUAAAGAAAAACACCUUGCCUUUUCCAUUCCCCUGUUCUGCUCUGUCAUCCUCUUCUUCCUGAUCUGGAACCGUGAUGGAGGACCCUUUGCUGCUUGGAGAGACCAGCCGAGGAUCAGGCGGCCGCGUUCGCUUCAAACGCCGCUCCGAUGCCAUCGCCUACGGCUCUCCUUACCAGAAGGCAGCCGCUCUCGUCGACUUGGCUGAAGAUGGUAGUGGGUUACCGGAGGAAAUUCUCGAGCAACCCCACUUCGACAGGGCUGCCAAGUACUACUUCAUCUUCAUCAAAUUCGAUAUCCUCUGGUCCCUUAACUACUUCGCCCUCAUAGUGUUAAAUUUCUUCGAGAAACCUCUCUGGUGUUCGGAAUACUCCACAGAUGCUUGCAGUCAGAGGGACUACUUUUACCUCGGGGAGCUGCCCUAUUUAACUGGUGCCGAGUCCCUUAUAUACGAGGGCAUAACGCUGAUCAUACUUGCUAUGCAUAUCUUUUUUCCAAUUGCGUAUGAAGGGAAGCAUAUCUUUUCGGUAAAUCCUCUCAACCGACUCAAGGUGAUUUGCCUUUUGAUUUUGGUCGUUGAUCUACUGGUUUAUGCCCUCUUCUUAUCUCCAGUGGCCCUCGAAUCUCUUCCAUUCAGGCUUGCUCCAUAUAUUAGGGUCGUGUUUUUUAUUCUUAGCAUAAGGGAACUGAGGAAUAGCAUCGUCAUUUUAGCCGGCAUGCUUGGGACAUACUUCAAUAUUCUGGCUCUAUUGCUUCUUUUCCUUCUGCUCUCCAGUUGGGUGGCAUAUGUCAUGUUUGAAGAUACCCAACAGGGCAAAACCGAGUUUACUUCAUAUGGAGCUACAUUAUAUCAGAUUUUUGUCUUGUUCACCACAUCCAACAACCCAGAUGUUUGGAUACCAGCAUACAAAUUGUCCCGUUGGUACGCCCUUUUCUUUGUUCUGUUUGUGUUGUUGGGUGUCUACUUCGUCACGAACUUGAUUCUUGCCGUUGUAUACGACAGCUUCAAGGGUGAGCUCGCAAAACAAGUGUCUGAAAUGGAUCACUCGAGGAAGCGCAUAUUGGCGAAAGCAUUUAGUCUCAUUGAUGAGGAUAGUGCAGGAUCUUUAAACAAAAAGCAGUGUAUUUCUCUUUUUGAAGAGCUGAACAAGUACCGGACACUGCCAAAGAUAUCAAGAGAAGAAUUUGAACUGAUAUUUGAUGAGCUAGAUGAUAGCCAUGACUUCAAGAUCAACUUGGAUGAAUUUGAUGAUCUGUGCAAUGCCAUUGCUCUGAGGUUCCAGAAGGAAGAUACCCCUUCUUUGUUCGAAAGAUGCCCGAGAGUGUACAAUUCCCUGAUUUCCAAGAAAUUGAAAGACUUUGUACGAAGUCCAAAAUUUGGAUACAUCAUAUCCUUUGUUCUCUUGCUGAAUCUGGUUGCUGUGAUAAUAGAAACAACGCUUGAUAUAGAAAACAGCUCUGGCCAAAAGGUGUGGCAAACUGUCGAAUUUGUCUUUGGUUGGCUUUACGUGCUGGAAAUGGCCUUAAAAGUUUAUUCCUUUGGAUUUGAAAAUUAUUGGAGGGAUGGCCAAAAUCGCUUUGAUUUUGUGAUUACAUUGAUCAUAGUUAUUGGAGAAACAAUCACCUUUAUAUCUCCUAAUGGACUGCAUUUCCUCUCGAAUGGAGAAUGGAUCCGCUAUCUUCUUCUUGCUAGACUGUUGCGAUUGAUAAGGCUGCUGAUGUAUGUUAAACGCUACCGAGCUUUUGUCGCCACAUUCCUGACCCUCAUACCAAGUCUGAUGCCCUACCUUGGAAUUAUAUUUUGUAUCUUGUGCAUUUAUUGCUCUCUUGGGGAACAGAUCUUCGGUGGUAUUGUCAAUGCUGGGAACAUUAAGUUGAACAGUACUGCUCUGUAUGAUGAUGAUUACUUGCUUUUCAAUUUCAAUGAUUAUCCAAAUGGAAUGGUGACACUCUUCUGCCUGAUGGUCAUGAAUAACUGGCAAGACUGGAUGCAGAGCUACAAGGUAUUGACGGGAAGUUCUUGGACACUCAUAUACUUCGUCAGCUUCUACCUAAUAACUGUGCUAUUGCUCUUGAAUCUGGUCGUUGCCUUUGUCCUGGAGGCAUUCUUCGCUGAAAUGGAUAUGGAAACAUCAGAGAGCUGUGGAGAGCAAGAUAAGGAAUCUGGAUCUGGAAAGGACCAGCGCAGAUCUAUCGGCACAAAGUCAAGGAGCCAGAGAGUUGACAUGCUGCUCCAUCAUAUGCUAAGUGCAGAGCUAGACAAAGAGAACUGCUCCAACCCCCAGCCCGACUUAUAAUUUCCAGUAACAAAACUUUUGUACUUUACUUGAAUUUUUUUUUUCCGAAACCAGUGUUUCCUUAGGACCUGUUGCCAGCUCAAACAGGGAAACACUUUCAGGUUCUUGGCUUACUUUAUAACGCGUAUCAAACAUUUUGGCGGGGGGAACGGAAAUGAGAAAUUUCAGAGGCCUCCAUCAGAAGCCAAUUCGCAUACAUGAAUACAACAGCACUCAAUUUGAGGGAAAGGCUCGUGUCGAGUUCCACGAUGGUGCAGUUGGAGGUCCAUUUUUGCGCCUUGGCCUAGAUCUAGCAUGCACUUGUUUAUGCAAACAAUCCCUAUUCAUUUGCUGGUAUAUUUGUACUGUUUGUCGCUUGUCUCCAUGUGAAUUCCGAGGUGGUGCAAUUGAGUUACAUGCUAUAUAGUUAGGUUUUUGCCCGUCACAUUGGACGAACAUAUAUGUAAUCGAUUUUGUGGUGGUUGCUGGAGUGUAAUAUCUUUUGAAGAUGCAGGAGGACUAGAUUAUCGUUGCAACA